AUGGAAAAUGAAAGAAGAAUACAAUUACAUACGCUGAAUACAAGAGCAUGGGCUGGCGAAGAAGUGUUCCCAUUAAAAAGCCAGAAACUAGACUCCAGUAUUAAGAGAAAUACAGGUUUUAUUAGGAAGUUAAAGAAAGGUUUUCUCAAGGAAUCUACCGCAUCGUUGUUGAAAGAUCUAUCCGAACUUUCAUUGGAAAAGUACAUGUCAGAAGUUAUUGCAACAGUUAACGAAGCUUUAACAAAUGUCUCAAACAAAAAUGAUGAAGUCGUUGCUGCCGUGGAAGUAGUAUGCGCACUACAUCAACGAUUUAACGAGAGGUUUACACCGCAAUUGUUCCAAUUGUUCUUGAAUAACUUUGCAAAUCCUGAAAAGGAGAAGGAAACGGAGAAAGAAGAACUGUUAAGGAUAAAUAGAUUAAAAGGGAAAUUGUAUGUUUUAACAGAACUUUAUCUAGUCGGUGUCUUCACGUCGCUGGAACAUAUUGAGUCAAAAGAAGCAUUGCCAUUUUAUCUCCAGAAAAAAAUUCAUAGAAGGGAACCCAUAAUCUUUAGUGUAUUAAAGGAGAUUUUAAAUUACAGGUUCAAACUAGGUUACACUACUACGUUGGCUACAUCAUUUGUCAAAAGAUACCCAUUUCUUUUUGAUACUGAAGACAAAGCAUUAGAUGAAUGCAUAUAUGAUGAAUCAUUAAAGGAUUCUUUAAAAACCCUUUUCAAGGUAUUCAGUGAUGCAGUCUUUUCCAAAGUAGUUGAUAUAAAUAAAAGAAUGAAAAAACUGAGUAAAGAACAUCAGAAAUGUCAGAUACGUACCGGAAAAGUUAGAGAUGAAUAUAUUGAUGAAAGGGAUAUAUUGGAACCAAUCUUCGAAAGAUUUGAUGCAGCUACAAAGGUGUUUGCAGAAUAUUUCAAGCUUCCUUUACCUGAUUUAGGUGUAGAACAAGAUACUGGGACAGAGGAGACUUCUGGUUCUAUGAUUACGAAUCAAUUGCCCCCACCGAGCGAGAGAUUAUGGGAAAAUGAUGAAACGAAGAGAUUUUAUGAGAAUUUGCCAGAUAUUCAAGAAGUAGUAGAAACGGCUAAUAUUGAAUCAGUCAAUGCAUCGACGGAUCAAAUCAAUUCUUUCUUUACAGAAAUGGAGACAGCAAAUUCUAAAGCGGAUAUUGAUAAGCUUUGCUUAACUUAUUGGUCUAGUGGUAUUGACAAUAAAGCCACCCGUAAUAGAUUAUUGAAGUUUUUCAUUGAAACAAAAGAAUGGAGCAAGUUGAACAUAUAUGCUCGUUUCCUUGCCACUAAUCAUAAGUAUAUGCCAGAAAUUACUGACGAGUUUGUCCAAUACCUGGAUAAUGGGUUUAGAAGUCAAUUACAUUCAAAUAGGUUAAAUUUGAAAAAUAUAAUGUUCUACAGUGAAAUGAUGAAGUUUAUGUUGAUUCCAUUAUUUAUGGUUUUUCACAAGAUCAGGUCAUUGAUUAUGAACAUGCAAGUUCCAAAUAAUAUUGAGAUUUUGACUGUGUUUUUGGAAUAUUCUGGUAAAUUUUUGAUUAACAACCCAGAAACCAAACCACAAAUGGAGAAAAUGGUACAAUUAAUUAGAGACAAAACGAAGGAUAGACAACUGAAUAUAAAUACUAAAAAUGCCUUGGAAAAUAUAAUAACCCUGCUCUAUCCACCAUCUGUCAAGUCCUUAAACCUUAAGAAGAAACAGUACACACCGGAGCAACAAUUUUAUCGUAUCUUAAUCAGAAGUGAACUAUCCAACAUUGACAGUAAGCACACCAUCAAACUGUUAAGAAAGGCGCAUUGGGAUGAUCCUGCUGUUUAUAAAACGCUACUUUCCUUGUUUACCAAGCCAUGGAAGAUUAAUUAUCAGAAUGUUCCCACAUUAGUGAAGAUUCUCAAUGGGUUAUACAUGUACCACAGAAAUUUCAUUAUCAAAUGCAUAGACCAAGUUUUAGAAGAUAUUGAAAGAGGAUUAGAGAUCAAUGAAUAUAGUGAGAAUAGACAUAGAAUUGCUCAAGUGAGAUAUCUCGUUGAAAUUUAUAAUAUGGAAAUGAUUAAAUCCGAUGUUCUUUUGGAGAAAAUAUUUCAGAUUCUUAAAUUUGGACAUCCAAAUAAUCAACCAAACCCCUUCAAUUUGAAUGAAAUGGAUCUGCCUGAUAAUUACUUCAGAAUUCAAUUGAUAACGACAAUUCUAUUGAAUGUAAGAAGAUUCCCAGCGACAUUAAACAAGAAUUUAAAUUUCUUGUUGGCAUUUUUCGACUAUUACAUCUUUACCAAGGAUCAACCGUUACCAAAGGAGACACAAUUCAAAGUUGUUGACACUUUUGAGAGACUCAAGAGUAAGUCGGGUUUUGAAAGAUCCGCUGAUCUAUAUGAAAGUGCAAUGAAAUUGGAAAAAUUGGUUAAAGCUAAUGGCAAACCUAUUAUUAAUAAAAAUUUGGACACAACUAAAAAAGUGGGCGAAUCUGCAAUGGCAGAACGUUUGUUGCCCACUACUGAUAAUAUUGAAGAUGAUGAUGAUGAUGAUGAUGAUGAGAAUGAUGAUGGUACUCAACUUGUAGACGAGGACUCGGAAGAGGAAAAUUCAUUUGAAGAUUCCAACAGUGAGCAAUCAUCCAGUGAAAGUGGUGAAGAUGACUCUGAUGAGGAAGAAUCUGAUAGUGAAAACGAAAGUGACAGUCGAGUUGAUACUGAUGAAGAGAAUGAUGAUUUUAUAGAUAUUGAUGCUGAUAGAGAUAGAGAAAGAAGAAGGAUGUAUGAUGAAUUCGAGAAGAAGUUACAAGGGAAUGAAGAAGUGAAAGUUCAGGAUGAAUUGGAAAGACAAUUCCAGCAGAUCAUGCAAGAAUCUUUAGAGGCCAGGAAAUCUGAGAAGGUGAGUACAGGUAAAAUCCCGAUGAUUGGGAACAUUCCAAAGGCUCCACUUGAGAAGACUGUAAGUUCUAGCUCGGUUGAUUCGAGGAUGUCUACUGAAUCUACUUCUUCAGGAAAGCCAAAUAAAGUUGCGUUUACAUUUUUAACGAAAGCUGGGAAGAAAACACAAUCAAGAGUAUUAGAAUUACCAUCUAAUGUAAAAUUUGUUUCAAAUGUGUUGGAGGAGGAGGAAAAACUAAAGAAUGAACGUGAGAAGAUCAAAAAGAUUGUUUUACAACGAUCUUUUGAUUAA